UUUUUUUUCCUUUAUCAGACGUUAGGCACAAAUGGCAUUGACAUGGAAUAUUUUAAAACUGGUGAUCAACAUUACCUGGCUGUCGCAAAUCAUAAUAAUGGAACUUCGUACCGACAGAAUUCAGUUAUUUACCAGUGGAGUCUGAGUCAGGAACAAUUUGUCGUCUUUCAAAUCAUUGAAACAUUUGGAGCACACAGCUUUGAAUUCUUCGAAAUAACAAAUGAGCGGUUUCUUGCCAUUUCAAAUUCUCCUGAUGACUCCUCCUUCAGUAUCAACUCAUCCAUCUACAAAUGGAACAGUAAUAAAUUUGAAAAGAUUCAAGACAUAGCAACCGAGGGGACUGUUGAUACUGAGACCUUUGUAAUCAGCAAUGAAACUUUCAUUGCUUUUGCAAACCAUUAUACCCUACAAAAGCGAGAAUUAGUUCAGUCAGCUGUGUUCAAGUGGUCAGGGCAGCAAUUUGUCAAACUGCAGUCUUUCCAGACAUAUGGCGCCCUAGAUGUGAAGUCAUUCAGUGACAACGGUUCUACUUUUCUCGCGUUUGCAAACCAUAGAAGUGCCAGUGGGCAACGCAAUAUCAAUUCUCCAAUUUACAAGUGGAAUGGCAGUCAUUUUGUUCUAUUUCAGUCGAUUCCUACUCGUGGAGCAGCCGGCUUACAUCCUUUUAUGAUGUGCAGUCAACGUUUUCUGGGUGUGGCUAGUUUUUAUGAUGACGACAACAGGUACAACACCAUGUCAGUGGUAUAUCGAGUUUCUCAGGAACAGUUCAUUGAAUAUCAAGAAAUUCCAACCCAGGGAGCUUUUCGUAUGACGUCAUUUCAAUACAAAGGCCAUACUUACCUAGCAGUUGCAAAUCGUAAAACUAAUUCUAACGAGCACAAUAUCAACAGUGCGCUGUAUAAGUGGGCCUAA